CUGAAGAGUUUUAGGCUCGACAACACCUGAUUCUCGAGAUGACAAAGUGUGUAUUAGUUACUGUGUUUCUCAUAGAUCUGGUAAUGUCCAAGACUGCCCACUUGAAGUACCCGGACCUCAAGAAAUCAAGCAUCAUCCGUGACAAUGAUUUGGAAUCUGACUUUCGGCCCAAUUUCCAUUGGAGAUAUAAUGUGGAAUACGAGUGGCCGGGCAGGAUGUGCCGUCACGGCAUGGGCAGUAGGCAGUCGCCCAUUGACAUCGUCACAUCCAAGGUGAUAGUGGACGACAGGAGAGAGUUCAUCAAGUACGGCCCACUGCAGUUCAGGGGGUAUGACAACGUGCUGGUCUCUGCCAUUAACAAUGGACACACCCUGCAGUUCAGCACAGAAGGCGACCCGGCGAUGCACCCCACGAUCUCUGGAGGUCCCCUCAAGCAUCAGUACCGGCUGGAGCAGAUGCACUUCCACUGGCUUUCCGAGCACGCCGUUAAUGGACAAAAAUACCCCAUGGAACUUCACUUCGUACAUGUUCGUGCGGAUUUGGACGUGGAGCAUGCGCUCAACGAGGGCGACGGAUUGGCCAUCGUUGCCGUGUUUUGUAACGUUCUAUCACAGUUCGCAGACAGAAAGUAUGCCGUGGAUGAUGACUUAAUGCAGCAUAUCCCCAACCUUGUCACAGAAGGUUCUAGAAUUAGCGGUGUCGUCAUGGACCUCAACAAACUCCUGAGCGCAGACAAGCAUUCUUAUUACACAUACGCGGGGUCGCUCACCACGCCGCAAUGUAACGAAGUGGUCGUCUGGAUACUCUUCGAGAUGCCCAUAUUCAUCACUGAUGAACAGUACCGAUUUUUCGGCAAAACGGGCAUUGGCUACAACAACUUCAGAAGUAUACAGCCCUUGGACAAGCACAUAAUUUACAGGACAUCCCACCAGCCGGCCCCGGCCGAGUUGCAAACCCCUACGAUAGUCAAAGCAAUGAGCCACUUCGUCAGGACACUCAAGGACUUCUUCAAGAAUAUUCUUAUUCCAAGGAUUUAAGGCGAAAGAAGUACCUGAAGUAUAUAUUACAACCAAGCAACCGAUUUUAUAUGUGUUGAGACACUAUUCGUACUGACAGGUUUGAUAGUGAGUCCCGUGACACAGUGGCGCCAUCAUUUUUAAUAAUGUUUCAGUGGUCUAACGCAACAUUCAGUGUUUAGAUCUUACCAAUAUAUUGAUGGUAUUAAAAAAAAAAUUCUAGCUCAUUAGUAGUUACUUAUUUAGAUUACGUUUAGUUUUAAAAUGUGUUUAAUAGACUUCAAAGUUAUAAUGUGAAAUUGUUUUAAUGUAAUUUUUAAAAAAGUCCACAGAUAUAAAAGCAUUGAAUCUUUUUACAACAAAAAAAGAUCGAGCUGUAGUUUCGUGUAUUUAUAAAAACUUGUGUUACGUGUGGAAAACCUAGUUUUACUUACAGAUAAUAAAAAAUAUCCACUCUAUUGACGACAAGCCAUGUUUAUAGGGUUUAACGAUAUUUCUACUGGAAAAUCGCUUAUCUUUCUCGGAACAAAAGUAGGUUAUUAACACCAAAUUUUAAUAAUGAGGGCGCCACUGAACCAUAUGUUAACUGUGACGGGUAUUAAUAUUAUAUAAUAAUUCUAAAUGUAUUUAUUAUUGUGAUUAUAGUUGUACUGUGUUAUGUUGAUGCCAUCUACCUAGGAAGCAAAGUAAUUCUUAAAAUAAGAUUAAUUUUCCAUUGAUUUUAUGCUCAUGAGUCUAAUUUUUUUAUUUAAAGGUUCAUGAUAUUUAUCCUGGCACCUUGUACUAUGGGUAGAUAAUAAAAAAAAUUGAACGAACACAGAAAAUAUUCUAAAGCAUAUUGUAAAAAUAUAUAUAUAUCUAUUUUACGAGUAUAAAUACCAUAAACAUUCAAAUAUAAAUACUAUACAGAAUAAUAAUCAACAUAUAGUUAUUGCACAUGGCUAUAGUUUUGUGUACAUUGUAUUUGUGUUCAAAAGACUACCGUAGAUAUUAUAUACAAGUGUUUCAAACAUGAAUCGAAAAGUGUAUAUAAAAUUUAUAAUGAAUUUGUGAUACAUAAGUUAGAAAAUACUUUAUAACUAUGCAUGAGCAGCUUUCUGAACAUUUUAAUUUAUUUAGAAAUUAUUUACGUAUUACCUACUUUAAGUUUCAUAAAUAUUUUUAUUACUUUAAAACUAGCAAAGUACUUUUAAAGUUACCAAAAUGCAACUUUUAUGCUUAAAUUGAGAUGUGAUGAUAGCAUUGUUGGUGUAAUGGUACAUCUGACGCAACUUUCCCUCAAAAUUGAGGUGAAGUUGUUCCCUCUUAUAAAUCGAACCCCAUUCAUUAUUCCUACACUCUGCUUUAGAUGAUCGUCCACGGAGAAAAUAAAGUUAUUACAAUUUUGGAAGAUAUAUCCGUAUACAGGGAUUUUUACAGUAACCGAAAUAAGUGUUUGGAAAACUGUUUUUUAUUUAUAUUUCUAAAGUGUUAAAGAAAUAAUGUAUAACACUUUUAAAUCUAUUGUUUUCAACUAAACAAGUUUGUAAGUGUUAAUAUCGGUUACAGAUAAUAAAGUCUACAUCCGAAUAACUAACGUUAAAAGCAUUUUACAAACAAAAACACAUUUUUAUACGUGUUAAGAACAAAAUAGUUUUAAAACUAUUUUGUUAAGAACAAAAUAGUUUUAAAACUAUUUUGUCAUUUUGUAUUUUGUUGUUUAUCAUAUCGUAUCGUAUUCGUAUUAUCAGAUUAAAUGUGUUACCCUUAUAAAUACGUUACACUUAUAUUGGUGUUUGUGAGUCCCUGCGUGCACCCUUAUUCUAAUUAUAUGAUAAUUCCUACUUCAAUAUAUAUUCAUGACAUAUAAAGUAAGGACACGUUUGUGAAGUCUACGAGAUUAGGUUAUAGAUUUACCGUAAGUUUAUUUAAACUAAUGUCAUGUUAAUAGCAUGUAAUGUAAAUAUUAAUACUAAGUAUGCUUCUUGGAGCGAAAACAGUAGUGUUAGCUCCUCCCGCGCAGAUUGUAAAAGACAAUCAAGGUGAAAGAGGAGAAUAAACUGGAGAUUUUUUAAAUAGGAGAUAGGCAAGCAACCUAUAACUGUUUAGUCUCAAAUCCAGUAAUAAGUCCUCACAACUCUUGACUCUGUCUAACCAAUAAAGGGAUAAAAAGCAAUAUUAUAUUUGCAAAUUAUACUCUAUUGAAACCACUAGGUACAUAGUGAAAAUAUGGAAAUAAUAUUUAAUCAUUUAUAUUGUAAUAUAUCUAUGUAAUAUAAAUAAUUUCCUGAAUACUAUCAACUUAUGAGGAUUCGAAUUGUCAUACAGUGUAUACAGUCGACCGCACGUCUAGUUACCCUAUAUUGAUCUCUAUGCGGCGGUAAUAGUGACGAAUAUGCAAUGAUUUUGGGUAGCUCCAUCGAUUGUACAUUAAUUUUUAAAAUGAAUAUUUUAUAUAUUUCGAAAAGAAAAUUAUUGUUCAUGGCAAUAUGUAGAAUGUGAAAGUUAAUUAUAGUUAAGUAUUAAAUUAAUAAAUAGUAAGUA